GCAGUCCGUGCCCUCUCCUCCGCCGCCAUGUACGCCGCCUCGCUGCUCCUGCUGGCCCUGGCCGCCCUGGCCGCCCCCAACGUCGUGACCGCCGCCGCCUGCAAGAGGGCCAAGAGAGCGGCGCCGAGCGCGGCGGCGGACACCCAGUGCAUCCAGGUCCAAGUGGUGUACCGGCACGGCGCCCGGACCAUCGUGACGCCGACGUACCCCACCGACCCCAACGCCGACCCCAAGCUGUACCAGCCCUAUGGGCUCGGCCAUCUGACCUCGCUGGGCAGGCAGCACGAGUACGUGCUGGGGCAGCUGCUCCGCAGCCGGUACGUCGGCGCCACGGCCUCGGUGGCCAACCUGCUGGACGCUGAGUACGCCUCGGGGGUGCUGACCACCAAGACGUCGGGCGUGGCGCGGACGCAGGAGAGCGCCGCGUCCUGCCUGGCCGGCAUGUGGCCGCCCGCGGCCGGGUCGCGCCAGCGCUGGCACUCCAACAACACCCAGGUCGGCCAGGUGUGGACGCCCAUCGUCUACGACAUCAUCCCCUUCGCCCAGGACAGGGCCAUCGCGGGCACGGCACCGUGCGCGUCGCGCGACCUGGAGUACAACCGCGUCGUCACGAGCGGCGAGUACAGGACGCGCGUACUGCGCGUGCUGGGCGGCGAGGCGAACCUGCGCUACCUGGAGACCAACUCGGGCACCAACUACAACUUCAGCGACCCGGCCUCCGCCGCCUUCGCCUACAACAUCUUUUCCGCCACGCAAUGCCAGGAGCUGCUGGGCCUCACCACCCCGUCCUGGAUCAAGAAGCUGUACCCGGAGCCCCUGCGCGCGGCCAGCACCCUGUACCUCCGCACCCUCAGCUACACGCCCAAGCUCAUGCGCCACUCUUACGGCGACCUGACGAAGUGGCUGAUGAACGCCACCCGCAACUACGAGACGCAGCCCAAGUUCCAGGCGUACUCCGGCCACGACGCCACGGUGUCCGCCGUCAUCCAGAUCUUCGAGCUGGAGCCCCAGGACGACGCGGGCUUCGGCAUCCCGGACUUCAGCGCCUGCGUCAUGAUCGAACUGCACCGGGACCGGCAGGGCCGGCUGGGACUCCGGUUCUUCUACCGGCGGGAGUACGGCGGCAAGGUCAUCACCAUGGUCCCCAAGGGCUGCAACGAGUUCUGUCUGCUGGACGACGUCGAGGAGAUCCUCUCCAACAAGAUGAGCCGCGACGACGAGACCUGCGACGUCCCCGCCGACCACGGCACCACGCUGCGCGAGGUCCACCGGGCCCACAUCCUCGGCCACCACAUCCUGGCCGACCCGACCACCCCGUCCACCCCGACCGAAGAGACGGAUUGACCGACAGCGCGCGCAAACGGCGCCAGCUACACGCGUCCAGCGUACCGAUACUCGCCACCCCAAACACGCAGGGACGCGUGUAACUGCCGCCGCUUACACACUCGCGAACACGCACGGACAGACAGACAGACAGACAGACAGACAGUCAGAAAGUCAGACAGACAACACACUCACACUGCUGCCCAACAAUACUCCAAAAAACAAAACACCUACACCAAAACAAAUCCCAGUUUUACCUAGUGAUGACCAACAUACUAUGAAUGCCCGUCUAAAACCUGUCAACCUGAAUGCCAAUUCAAAAGCGGUGUCUCGGUCUAUUUGACAGUGUGGGAGGGUUCGGCGCGAUAGUGGGCGCGGAUGAUAGCGCCGCUAGUCGCCGAUGUUGGCGCUUCUCUGGCGCGCUCGGCGGCGGGGGGGCGGGCCGGGUGUUUGUCUUGUGAUUUUCGGCGACAGUCCUCGGGCCCCGGCGAUGUUGAAUUUAUCAAAGCCGCCCCCCGCGGGACUCGGAAGUUGUUCCGCGAGGGCAGGAAAGGUCUCCUCCCUCUCCGCCCCCGCAGCGCCCGGCAGAGCACGGCAGCGCCUCCCUAGGCCCACACCUGCAGUGGCCCCGCGCCCUCCUGGUGUGGUGUCGUGUUCCGUCGCGCAGUGGGCCAGCGGAGCGGUGGACGCGGCCAAAACUCUGGACGCGCUUGGAGCUCCAGCGUCGCUACGUAGGGCUCGAAUCGAGCGUGUGACCCCACCUAUGGAUUCCUCGUGCGGAGAGC